UUGGCGUGAUGUACGAUGUCACGGUGGAAGCCUUGAUGAAGAAACAGUGCGGCAAAUCAUGUGGCAGGCAGCUCACGCUGCAAACAUGUGCUGCCUCCGCGGAGUGCUCCACCGUGACGUCAAACUUGACAACCUUCUGAUAAACAGGGAGACAUCCGAAGUCAAGCUGAUUGACUUCGGAUGCGGGGACAUUCUGAGGAGGUCACCAUACAAGUCAUACCAUGGCACAGCAGUGUACUCCCCUCCAGAGUACCACAGCAGGGGGAAGUACUACAGCAGGCCGGCGACAGUCUGGUCACUAGGGGUUCUAAUGUUCACAAUGUUGUGUGGACGUUUCCCUAGUGACUAUGACCUGUUCCUGCUGCAUUACAAGCACUGGUCCAAACCCGGCCUGUCAAAAGGUGAGAUCUUCAUCACAAAAAAUAACUCAUUCAGAAUCAUACAAAGGAUCUUAGUUUUGACUAACAUGAUCAAAUACAGCAGAUGUAAAGUUUAAGGUUAUCAAAUGUCCUUCCCGUCUUCCUGCACAGAAUGCAGUCACCUCCUCAGGGCUCUCCUGCUUGAAAAGCCAAGCCGGCGACUUGGUCUGGGGCAAAUCAUGUCCCACAACUGGUUUAAGGUAGUGAACUUAAGACCAGCUAAAAAUAAUUAAUUUCUCAUGGGAAAGAACCAAAAAGUCAAACCCGUUUUUUUUUUUGUUUCAGGUCGUCACAUAAGACAACUCCAGUUGGCGUCUCUCAUGCAGCUUUGCGUCUAGUGGGGCGAGCAAGCCUUGUGUAGCGUCUUGCGUCUUGGCUUGAGGAAGCAGUAUUUGCGUCUGGCGGUACUGCUUCUGGAGGGAUGUGUACAUAUUGUAUAUAUGUACAUACUUCUUUUGGUUGCCCCUUUUGUUUUUCCCAUCAUGGCCACUCCAUUCUUGAGGUUCUUGCCACAGCUGUCCAAAUACCAGAGCUCUCUGUCUCCACCUCCACAAUGACAGCGUUCGCAUUCUCUGCCACCACACAGCUACUAAAGAGGUUCCUGGCACUGCCAGUUCAGAGCUUCUUGUCAUGGCUGCCCAGAGCUCUCUCUCUCAAUGCCAUUCAGGACGGUCAUGGUUGGACCAGUGAUUCAGAUACACCGAAGAUUCCUGUAAUUGCAGUCUCAGAGGUUUAUGUAACCGCUCCAACCAGAGCCAGCACCCAAGACCAUCUCAGUCCCAGAGAUACCCGUCUCAGCAACCUCGGUCUCCAGGCUUGCUGCCGUGUCUGUCGAGACCCAAGGGCUGAAGGUUCAAAUGCCAGAAAUCGUCUGUCCUGCUGCCAGAGGUUCCUGUUAUAGCAGCCACAGAGGGUGCUUUCAU